GCAUCGGCGGCGGCAGCACAAUUGUGUAAGCGAGGAGAGAACGGUGUGGACUUGAACAAAUUGCUGGAAAAUCAUCGGUGAGACCAAGAGGCGACUACAUUGCUAAACACUGGCACUGUGUCUGGCAGGGCCACCUGGAGCUCCAAGUUGCUAGCCACUUGUUCACCUUCCCGUCCCAUAUUUACCACACUAGCCUUGGCCUCUUUCGUUCAGACUAAAUCCACACAUAGAUGGAAGAAUAGCACCUCAUAUCCCGCUUGGAGAGCCUACAACCCAAUGAGAUGAACAUUGAAUUCUCCAAUUUCAGACUUUGAACGCAUUUCAUUGGGAUUAUUAGCCUACUCUGUGAUGGGUGUAAAGGGUCUCCAGCAGUUUGUGGAUCACAUCUGUCCAGCUGUGAAGGUAUGGGUGGACUUGAAGGAGAUGGCAGAGCAAUAUCAACGCUCCCAUCCUGAAUGUUCUCCUGUUGUGGCUGUGGACACCAUGGCAUGUCUACGAUAUUGGUACACCCCUGAGGCCUGGGUUCACGGUGGACAGUGGCGUGAGUAUUUAGACAGUCUAAAACGUUUUGUGAAUGCUUUCUCAACGGCCGGCAUAGGGCUGGUGUUUUUCUUUGAUGGGGUAAUAGAACAGAAAAAAAGAGAUGAAUGGAUCAAACGACGACUGAGGUGCAACCUAGAGAUCGCAAAAAUCUUUCAAUACAUAAAGGCAAACGCCUGUCAACCAGGUACGGAGAUGUUCUUUAUUCCAUCAGGAUUGGCCACGUUCACUCGCUUUGCCUUGAAAUCCAUGGGCUUAAACAUCAAGUGUUCCCUGCAGGAGGCCGAUUAUGAAGUAGCAAACUACGCGAGGUUAAAUGAGUGUAUGGCGAUUCUAAGCCAGGACACGGACUUCCUCAUUUAUGACACAGUGCCUUACCUCUCGAUAACCAAACUGUCGCUGGAAAAGCUAUCUACUGUCAUGUACUCCCGUGGAAAACUCUGCCAUUCCCUCAACCUACGGAUGGCAGACUUACCACUUUUAGCCUGUCUUCUUGGUAACGACACAGUGCCAGAAAACACGGUGGACAGAUUGAAGUACCGGUGCCUGGAUGAAUACUUGCCAAACGGCCGAACUGCAAGGCAGAGGAAGCAGAUAGUUGCGGCAGUAGCACAUUACAUUUGCAAUGUGGACCAUUCUCACAGUGGAUUGAGAGAAGUGAAGAGAAACCUGCCAUGCCAUUCAGAUGAAAGCUUGUUGGAAAAGGGAGUGGAAUCUUAUAUACUGCCUGGACAGAGUUCACCAUGGCUUCCCCGCAACAAAAUAUCUCCAGUGACACAGCAGUGUGAGAUGCCUACAUGCCUAAAUCAUAGGAUUUUGCAGUUUGCAAGAGAAAAGCACAUCAAAGCUGAGAGCUCUAUGGUCUAUAAAGUCUUGAUUAAAGGAGAAGUUGAUUGCAGCAACACUCUGGAAGACGAGUUGGAUGCAGAUCUUCCUGGACAAGGAAUUAUUUACCGACCCGCUCGACAGUCUAUUUAUGGCAUUCUUCUCUCAGCUGAGCCAAAUGCCCAGCCGGAUUCUGCCAGAUUGUAUCCUACGGUGAAGGAGUGGUUUGUGUAUCCAGGGAACCUACUCCAGCAGCCAGAUCUUGUACUAGCUUUGCCACCAGAACUACCAGGAGGAAUUCCAGAUUUACAAACCUUAUGGCUAACAGAAGGACCCGCAGUUGAGAAGUUACGUUACCGGAUGUUUCUCGCAUGUUUUGGCUUACAAGAUUUUGUUCAGGAGUUCCUUCAUCUGGAGCUUCCCUCGACUGCAGUUGUUUGCUGCCUGCUGCUCUAUAUGACGCUGCAGGUCACCACAUUAUGUGUGGAGGACCUAGAUGCAUAUUUGGCUCAAGUUGUAUGUAUCCGUGAUAAGCCAGCUGACCAUCUCGCUCAAAUACAGGUACCCCAUGUUGAUUCGCGAGCUGUGCACCUGGCUUCCCUUUUUGUGCGGGGCCUCUCCGUGCUCAUUGCAGCUAAUAGUGCUUGUGGGUUCCCAUUUAAAAUGGUCGGCCUGAUGCCAUGGGAGGUGUUUGACGGGAAGCUUUUCCACGCAAAGUACCUGCAGUCUCACAAUGGAUGUACAAUGGAGGACCUCUUGGAAAAAAAUGACAUCCUGGUUCACGAGUUUCAGAAGAUGAAGUUUCUCAUCAACACUGUAUGUGCAGGAAAGAAUAGAAUUUUACAGAGCAAACCUCGGCCUCUUGCCCCAGUCAGAGACAGGCCUGACCCCCACGGUGGAGGCAGCCAUCACAAUUUCCAGCGUGCACAGCCUACUCAUCACCCAAGGUAUCAGGGACGAUAUCCACAGCCUGGUUGGACCAACUCGGCUCAAGCAGCCUUCUUGUUUAUUUCAGGUAGAAGAUCUCAACCGCGUCCAGGAUCCUACAACAAAUGACCACAGUACACAUCACGGAGAGUCGGGUGCGUCUGUGGAGAGAGAACUAGAGUUAACCUUACAUGUUGAUAACUACAUCAGGAUUAAUGAAAAUUCCAAUGAAGUGUCCUUGACCUGAAACAUUGUGUAAAAUAAAUUACAUUUUCACAUUUAUGCAA